AUGGCAUUAAACAUGCUUCACCUUUUCUUGCUAUUAUCUUUGUCAGGAGCUGAUGCGGCGGUGUUUACACUACAAAACAGAUGUAGGAACACCAUAUGGCCAGGGAUCCAACCCGGGGCAGGAAAACCCCAACUGAUGAAUGGUGGCCUAAAGCUUCUGCCAGGCCAAAAUGUAGAGAUCAAUGCUCCAAAGGGGUGGUCGGGCCGCUUCUGGGGUCGUCGUUGGUGUUCGUUUGAUGAGUCGGGUAAGGGGACAUGCUUCACGGGAGACUGUGGCGGCCAGUUGCAAUGUGCGGGGACUGGCGGCACACCGCCUGCAACCCUCGUGGAGUUUACCCUAGAUAGUCCGGUGGAUUACUACGAUGUUAGCCUAGUUGACGGCUACAACAUGCGUGUUUCGAUAGUCCCUUCGGGUGGAUCAGGCCCUAAUUGUAAGCAGAUAAGUUGUCUUUCGGACUUGAACAAACAUUGCCCUAAUGGCUUGCAAGUAAGGAGGAAUGGUCAUGUUGUGGCCUGCAAAAGUGCUUGCUUAGCGUUUAAUACACCCAAAUAUUGCUGCACAGGAGCCUAUGGCAGCCCUCAGAGGUGCAAGCCUUCAAGUUAUGCGAAGGUGUUCAAGGCUUCUUGCCCUACAGCUUAUAGCUAUGCCUAUGAUGAUCCCACAAGCACGUUUACAUGCGGAGGAGCUGAUUAUUUGAUUAGCUUUUGUUAAACUUUGAAGCAAAAGAUAGAAAUGAUUGGAAGUGUA